CGGCGCCGUGUGUGCGCACGGGGGCUGUGCUGGGCAGUAGGGCGCGUGCGCUUGGUAGCUGCCCGCGGAGAGCUGUCCAGGCUUGCCUGAGAGGGUCUUGUUUGGAAGAAGAGAGACUGAGGGUUGGUUACCAAAUGGCUUUCUUGAAUGGACGAUUUGGUUUAUCUUUAACCCAUCUAAGCAGUGCUGUGAUCCAACGACAGUUCAGCACCACUGGAGCAUGCCGAGCAAUACAGAAACUAACCCGUGUGCGAGUGGUGGACAACAGUGUGUUGGGGAACACGCCGUACCACCGGGCACCAAAAUGUAUCCAUGUGUAUAACAAGACUGGAGUUGGAAAAGUCGGAGAUAAGAUCCUUCUGGCUAUCAAAGGAGAAAAGAAGAAGGCUUUAAUUGUAGGGCACAAGAUGCCUGGCCCCACCAUGACGCCUAGAUUUGAUUCUAACAAUGUGGUACUCAUAGAAGAUAAUGGAAAUCCAAUAGGGACUAGAAUAAAAACACCAAUACCCUAUACACUGCGAAGAAGAGAAGGCGAGUUCUCCAAAGUAUUGGCCAUUGCCCGCAACUUCAUAUGAAAGCUAAGAGAGGUCUUCAGCAAUCCUUUUAUAUGCUUUCAUACAGUAGCUGUUCCUUGGUCCUUUUCCAGAAACUGGUGAAACAUGAAAAAGCUGAUGUUCAUCAAGAAUCUCUCCUCCCUUUUAAGAAUUUCAAGCAACUAAUUCAAAUACUGAAAAAGUUUAUUUUUCUCCAAAAGAAGGCUGAUUUUUUUUCACAGAACACCUGCAAUAUGUUUGGGAAAUGGUCCUUCACCCUUAGUCCUCCUGUGGUGUUAAUCUGGUCUGUCAUCAUUAAAAUGAGAACAUGAAACUC